ACACCAUCCAUUUUCCUCAGACCUGCAAGAACUUCAAAACACAUAAAAAACUUAAUAAAAAGAAGUAAAAAUCCUUUCAGGUCUCAACAAUGGAGAUGAAGAAGAUCGCUUGCGGUGUGCUUUUCGCUGCUGCCUCUAUGACCGCCGUCAUGGCUAUUGAGGAAGCCGGAGCUCCUGCACCAGGACCCGCUUCCGCCGCCUCGGUUGCCCUCCCGGCUCUUGGCUCUUUGGUUGGGGCUUCCCUUGUGUCCCUCUUCAGCUACUACAUGCACUAAGCUAUAUCUUCAUUAUGUAAUAAUACCAUCUGCGUGAUCCUUUUCAUUUCUUACUUAUUUCCAUUUCACUUGUCAACUAAUAAAACUGAGAAAGUAAUUCAAGAAUAAACUUUCUCUUCUUCGUUU